GUCAAAUUCUCCUCUUCGUUGGUUCUUCAUCCAAAGCCUCCUUGUUCCUUUGGCACCAAGUCUUGCAUAUCUCAUCUCUCCAACUUCCAUUACUCUCUCUCUCUUGUAGGAAAAUUUGGUUGUAAUGGCAACUCAUGGUCGUUCAUUAGGCACACCUCAGGCAGAAACUUUAUCCACUCCUGCAAAAUCCUCACGGUUACGUCCCAGUUCAGUCUCAAAGGUCAGAGUCAUUGUUCGGGUUCGCCCCUUUCUUCCCCAAGAAACAGCUUCGGGAAAUGGAACCCCAAUCUCUUGCGUAUCUGUUCUUGAUUCAGAACUCGACUCUAGUGAAGAAGUUACUGUUCAUCUAAAAGAUCAAGAAACUAGUCGAAAUGAGUGUUACAAAUUGGACUCUUUCUUUGGCCAAGAAGACAACAAUGUCAAUCGUAUUUUUCACAGAGAAGUGAGCCCUUUAAUUCCUGGAAUUUUUCAUGGCUACAAUGCCACAGUAUUUGCAUAUGGGGCUACUGGCAGUGGAAAAACCUACACCAUGCAGGGGAGUGAUGAAUUACCAGGUCUAAUGCCUCUGGCAAUGUCGACCAUUCUGUUUAUGUGCCAGAGCACAGGAAGUAGGGCAGAGAUUUCGUACUAUGAAGUCUAUAUGGACAGGUGUUAUGAUCUAAUGGAGCUCAAAGCGAAUGAAGUUGCAGUUCUGGAUGACCAAGAUGGGCAAAUUCACCUCAAGGGGUUGGCUAGGGUUCCAGUUAAUUCAAUGUGUGAAUUUCGUGAGAUGUUUUCUAGUGCAAUUCUGAGGCGGAAGGUUGCGCACACGGGUCUUAACGAUGUCUCUAGUAGGAGCCAUGGGGUACUUGUGAUUUCUGUUUCCGCUCCUUGUGAUGAUGGUUCUGGGAAAUCUGUUACUGGGAAGCUGAACCUCAUAGAUUUAGCAGGUAAUGAAGAUAAUAGGAGGACCUGUAACGAAGGUAUUCGCCUCCAAGAGAGUGCCAAGAUCAACCAGUCCUUAUUUGCCUUGUCGAAUGUGAUUUAUGCUCUGAAUAACAACAAACCCAGAGUGCCAUACAGAGAAAGUAAACUGACACGAAUAUUGCAGGAUUCUCUUGGAGGAACAAGCCGCACUUUAAUGGUAGCUUGUUUGAAUCCAGGAGAAUACCAAGAAUCUGUUCAUACAGUUAGUUUGGCAGCUAGGUCACGCCACAUAUCUAAUUUUGUACCAUCAGCUCAGAAACAAGAUACUCCUAAGGUUCAAGUUGACAUGGAGGCAAAGCUCUAUGCUUGGCUUGAAUCAAAGGGCAAGACAAAGAGUAAACAAAGAAUAGGGGUGUUUGGUUCCCCAUUUCCGAGUAGAACUCCUAGAUCUGUAAGCUCUAUGAAGAGACACGGUACACAUAAGAGCUCUGCAAAAACUCAGGCUAUUGCCAAUCAAGGUGCUUCAAGUUUAAAAGAAAGGGAAGUGCAUAUGUGUUGCAGUAAUCUAUUCGACAAUGGUGGUCUGUUAGAUACAGCUAUGGGGGACCUUGCUGCUGAGAGAAAAACAAAUGAGUUCAGGGCCUCUGCUGACAGGAUAGUGUUAGACUCAACAUGUGUGCCUGACGAACCAUUGGAUGACGAGAGGGAGCCAACAACCAUCAAAGGUACCGACUUUGCCGCAUUAACACCGACUAGAGAGAAAAGUAAAGCACUUCCAGGCUCCCUAAGAAAAGUUCUUUCUCCCAUUAACUCUAACAUCAACAUUGAGCACAUAUUAUCCAGAGACCAAAUAUAUCCUGCCCUUUCUGAUCCCAAGACACCUUCCAUUCUGAUGGCUGACAACAACUACAAAACGAUUGGCACCCCACUUGAUAAGUUUAAUGCACGAAGUUCUAAUUUGAAGGGUACUCUUGCCCAAGAAUAUGUUGAGUUUUUGAAUAUGGCUAGCAGGGAGGAGUUACUGGAGUUAAAGGGAAUUGGACGAAAGAUGGCUGAAUACAUACUUGAGUUGAGGGAAACAAGCCCACUAAAAUCGCUAAGUGAUUUGGAGAAGAUAGGCCUUUCAUCCAAGCAGAUACAUAACAUGUUUGGUAGAGCUGCAAGAGGAAUAUUUGGUUGAGUUAAUUUGCAACAUCUAGUUGUUUGGGAGACUUGCAGCCGAAAUUAAUAGCCAGAUGGUUUUCAGAACCGACCAUCUGUGUUUUUAUUUAUAAAUUGUUGUCUCACUGUAUUGAUAUCCCUGUAAUGUUACUAAAUGGGAAGGCCUUACUCAUGUUGUAUGGUUGAGAAAUUUGCCAGUCUUCAAAAGUUCUCAUAUAUUUAUGGCUUGUUUAACUUGUUCUGCCAGUAUUUGCUGGUCUAGCACUUUUCUAG